AUGCCUCACCUACUUGCUAUCGACAAUAUCCAGGAAAGUAAACAAAAGCCGUCGGAAGUCGGUGAUGUCUUUAGUUUGCCGAUGCACGAAAGGACUGUGUCGGGUCCUAACAUGGUCUUUCUGAAAAAUUCUGCAGCUGAAGCACUACUAGAGACCGGGUGCAAGUCUACUCCCAAUAUAAUACUGCCGACUGUCGACGAUAUCCGGGAAAAUGGAUAA